AUGCGUAGGCGGCGACGGGGGGUCGCGGCGAUGGGGAGUGCAGGCGGCGACGCGAAGUCGCGGCGGCGGGACAGGAGGCGACGACGGGGCGUCGCGGCGGCGGGAUGCGCAGGCGGCGCCGAGGAAGGCGCGGCGGCGGUGGGGGGAGGCGGCGACGCGACGUCGCGGCAGCGGGAGGGGCAGGCGACGACGGGGCGUCGCGGCGGAGGGAUGCGCGGGCGACGCCGAAGUAGGCGCGGCGGCGGGAGGGAGACGGCGACGGGGGGUCGCGGCAGGGGGAGGAGGAGGCGGCGACGAGGCGUCGCGGCGGGAUGUGCAGGCGGCGCCAGAGAAGGCGCGGCGGCGGAAAAAAGGGGGAGGGGGGGGGGGGGGGGGCAGCGACGGUGUGUCGCGGCGACGGGGGGCGGUGAUGCACUCGCGGCGGUGGGAUCCGCAGGCGAGGAGGGCGCAAUCACGGCGGAGGGAGGGGAGGGCGGCGACAACGUGGCGGAGAUGCGGGGGGGCAUGGCAGUGCUAUCUGACGCCUCCACCGGCACCACCAUUCUGCUGGCGCUGCCCAUGGGGGGAUUGGAGGGCGCCAGCAGCAGGGAAGGCGAAGAAGGGGGUGGGGGGGAUGAUGGUGCAAAAGAAGAGCAUGGGAAGAAAAUUGAAGGGAAGUCUCUGCCGUUUGAGAGUGGCGCAACGCAAGGAAGUCAGCAGAAAGAAACACCCCAGCAGCGGCCACCUCUGCACGAGUUGUCAGCAGCACAGCAGCGGACGGCACUACAGCACCGCCCACCUCUGCACCAGCGGGCAGCAGUACAGCAGCGAGCAGCUCUGCAGCAGCGGGCAGCACGGGAGCAGUGGGCGAAACGGGAGCAGUCUCUCCUUAAACCCCUGGGCUACCUGGAGGGGGGCAUGGUGGGCGGGGAGGGCGGGGAGGAGGCAGAGCAGAUGGUGCGAGCAGUGGUAGCAGGGCAGCAGGUGGCGGGGCGGCGGGCAGCACGGUCGCAUUCGCUCCCCAAGCCUCAUUCUCACACAGAAGGUAUGGGAGACUUCGAGGGGCUGGCGCGAGCGGCGGUGUUGGGGCGGAAGGCAACGCGCGCGCACUCUCUCUCCAAACUGCACGCCCACACGGAGGGCGCGGGGGAGGCGGAGGGGUUGGUGCGAGCAGUAUUGGCGGGGCGCGGGGUGGCGGUGGUGGAUGACAACGCGGUGAACCGCAUGGUGGCGCGCAGAACGCUGCAGAACUACGGGGCGCACGUGCUGCUGCUGUGCUCCGGGGAGGAUGCGUUGCAAGCGCUCUCCUCUGCUUUCUCAUCUCCCACGGCCUCCCCGCCCAUCCACCUGUUGCUCCUCGACCUCCACAUGCCGCCCGGCAUUGACGGGUCAGUGCCGUGCUUUUCUUCAUCUCUGCUGCGCCCUCCCGCCCAUCCGCCUGCUGUUCCAUGGCCAUCCACGUGCCACCCAUGCUUGAGCUUUGUUGCCAUCACCAUUCUUGAGAUUGCUUGUUCUGCCAUUGCUGCUACUGUGAGAUUGUGGUUGCUACCUGCUCUGCUCCUGCAAUUCCACGUUGCCAUCCCUUUCGUGCCGGCCAUUGCCUCCCGUUUCCCAACAGAUUCGAAACGGCUCGUCGGAUCCGAGCCAUGGAGAGGUCACGGCGGAGCAGCAGCAGCAGCAGCCCGACAACACACGAGAUGCCAGAGGGAGACAAUACCUCCUGUGAUGCAGCAGCAGCAGCAACAGCAACAGCAAGUGCAAUUGAUGCAAACACGGAAGCAAGUGCAGUUGUUGCAAGCACGCAUGAGCGCCUUUGUAUCAUAG